AUGGAUGGAUCAAAUCUAAACGGAUUGGACCUUUCAACGUUGCAAGUGAACGUGUGCGAGUUACGGCUUUCUGCAGAUGGCACAUGGCUGUAUUUACUUCAAGUCGCGUGUAGUCAUGCACGGUGGCUGGUUCCUAAGCGCUACAGUGAGAUCCGUGAGUUGUGGCUUGAGAUUACGAAGGUGCUAGGCGAUAAUAUGACGAAAAACUCUUGCAACGAGCACUGUCACUUUCUUGCUGGACUCGAACAGGACAAGUUUCCGAAGAAACAUUUGUUACUUACGCAGCAUAAGCUUGAGGCACGAGCUAGCGAAUUGAACCAGUUCUUCUUAAAAUUAGUCAUGCGGUUAAAUCUCUGCAAUCCAAGUGACCUACAAACGUGUCGCUUACGCGGUUGUCCACUCCUGACGCUGAUCGUUCAUUUUUUAAAGGUGGAUACAGAGCAAGCCAAGAACCAAGUAGCUCUUAGUUCCUCCCGCAGUAUUUCAAUUCAGCGUGUGGUGCGACGUCAAGAUCAGCAUUUUACGUCAAAGCGGCGCAGUAGCCUUAGCAUCAGUUUAGGCCUCGGUCGUCGUCUUCUCGUUGACUCGCAUGAGAGGCAUACGUGUAGCUCCAUGGCCGCAUAUGCUCAGUAA